ACGAAUGUGUAAGUAGAUACCCAAUUAGGCAGACGGACGAGCUACUACAGACCAAUGGCACCAUUACGACCGUCAACAACAACACAUGUUCGGUCAGUCUUUUGCUGAGCCUCUGCUAUGCAGCUCAGCACUGCUGUAUAGCGGAUACCGACUGAUCUAUGUUCUAGCCACUGUUACUGGCCUGUGGGCGAACGAUUUCAGUUAGCAGCGGGGUUUUACGGCAGACUCAUGUAUUGCUGUUGGACCUCUAAUCUUCAAGCAAGAGCAGCCUGAUUCAAGAACUAAAAAGAGUGCUGUGAAGAUUAUAUCAAAACAGUAGCACGACAAGUGAGACAAGCGUAAACCACAGUCCGGUGUCGAACAAUGGAAGACAAUGCAAAAUAGAUAGCGCGAAAAAGGUACGUGUAAAAGUACUUGCUUGCUGCCAAACUAGGGCUGUGCUGUAGAGUCACCGCCGUGCUUGUGAGAUUGGCUAAAAAUGCUUCGUGGUGAAGAGCUACCCAGAUAGAUGUGAAAGGCGCGGAAUCGGACAGAACUGUGCAGGAAAACGACAGCACAAGCUGAAGGGCGAAAUGGACUUUACACUGGACAAGGCCCUACUGGCCAAAAUGGGUGAGGCUGAAAAGAAGUUGUUUAUCUAUGAGUGGCUGUGUCAGGUGCAUAAGAAUCUUCACUUAGCAGACAAGGCGGUCAUUAAAGUUCAACAAAAACCUCUCGUCGAACAGCUGUUGGCCCUACUCGAAUCAUCAUCGCCUGGUCCUCCUGUGCGUCUUCUUAUUGGGUCCUGCCUAGCGGCGUUGUUCGCUCAAGGGGAUACCUUUGUGUUGUUCGAAUGCGUCAAUCGAUGUAAUGAUUCGCUUAAGCACGAAGCAAAAGUUGCUCGUCUGAGCGCCAUUACUGCGCUUGGCUGCAUGUACGAGAGACUCGGCCGUAUGAUGGGUCGUUCGUACGAGGAGACUCUACAAAUGUUGCUAAAGCUUCACAAAAACGGUGACUUACAGACGCGGCUUGAGAUUAUCACUUGUCUCCACAAACUGCUUGUGGGUGUGGGGAAUGCAGCUACACAAUAUCAUCGUGAUAUAGCCAAGUCGAUGAAAGGCUGUUUAGCAGAUCGGCAGCUGGUCAUACGGGAGCUGGCUGCUGACACUUUAUGCAGAGUUGCUGGGCCCGAUCUCGAGGUUUUGCUGUCGCUAGCAUUGCGAGCUUUCGAAGGUGCUGAUUAUAGGACGAGGCUUGCUUCUGCACAUCUUAUUGCUACUGUCUUCAGCAAUUCUGUAAAGGCAAAGCAGAGGAGUCUUGAAGAAUGUUUUCAACUUUUGUCAACGGCGUUUGCGCGCGGCAAUCUUGGCGGUCUAUUCAAGGGCACCGAAGGAAUUCGAGAAACACGAGCAGGAAUCGCACAUGCAUACGUGUUCUUUCUGGAAAAAAUGGGAGGCCUCUUUGUGGAGCGACACCUGAAACAUAUCAUGACACAUCUCAUUGAGAUGGUGGCCAACCCGAAAACCACCGCUCAGUCGCAUUUGGACUCGGUUUUCACCCGAAGCUGUGUGCUAUUUAUUCUACGAUCUGUAUUCGUGAAUCUGUUAAGUGACAAGGCGCAACGAUCGGCUUGCCGCGACCUCGGUCAUAUUCUUCUGAAACAGCUGAAUCAGCUAAGCGGACCCAAUUCCCUCAUCUGUAUUUUUGAAGUCGUCUCGAUGUUGGUGCUCAGCCUCGAAUCGACUGUGAAUUCCGUCGUGCAAGAUAGCUCCGUUGGUCUAGUUGAGAUCACUUUCAGCGCACUGACAAAUUCGAAUAAUACCGUUCGAAUAUACGCAGCUUACCUGUUAAGAUGGAUUACACAAGCUCAACCGGCACUACUCUCGCCGGUGAUACAACGCUGCAUUGAUCAGUUUGAGGUGAUGAAAUCAUCUGCUCCAUGCAUCGUAGGUUAUUCGUGUGCUAUUGCGGCUAUGCUUAGCUCUAGCGACGUCACAUUAUCACAGCUUACCAACCUAAGGAAGUACAAAUUAAUUUUUUCAAUCUCUGAAGAAAUGCUUCGCAGCGCAAAGAAUGACGCGAGCAUUGCGCUUCUGCGAGCCCACAAAGGUUGGCUUAUCAUGGGGUCAAUCAUGGGUUUAGGGCCUUCCACAGUACGAAGCUUAUUACCUCGUUUGUUACUACUCUGGAAGAGCUCAUUUCCUCGGACUCACAAGGACUUCGCGAUGGAGAAGAGUCGGGGCGACCUGACAACGUGGGAGUGCGUGCUAGAAAAUCGCGCAGGUGCUCUGGCUACGAUGUCGAGCUUCUUAAGCCACUGUCGCGAAAUUGCCAGCGAAGAAAUUAUGCGUCGAUUAUUGGUGCCUAUCGAGAGUGCGCUGUUUAUGGUGUCGAACCUCACUGAAGUUAUCAAACAAUAUGGUCCGCCACUAAAAGCGUCCGCUGCCAUGGUGCGCUUCCGGUUGUAUCAAGUGUUUCUACAAAUCCCGCCAGCUAUGUUCGAGUCAAGCUAUAAUGCACUGUUAAAAUUAAUUGUUACCGAUAUUACAUUAGCCGAUCAUGCCCAGUCAACCACAACAACAUCCAGAUUGCAAAUCAAGUAUAUGAGCAAUAAAUUUUAUGUCAAAGAAGAACAUAAGAUGAUUGAAGAGGCGGUAUAUGCUGACGGAGCUCUCGAGCACGAUUUGACGUACCUUUACCGGAAAUGUGAUCACAAUAUUCAAAGAAAACCUCUUCCGCUUGGAGUGAGCUUGAUUGAUGCCGCAGUCGACCUCUUCGGAUACAUGUUCCUUCAUGUACCAGACAAGCAUCGUCAGCAAGUGGUACUGCAUUUUGCUGACUGUAUACGACAUAAUAGUAAAAGGGUUGACUCGGUCUAUACGAACGUACUGGCUAGUCUGUAUGUCUCAAUAAAGUCAUUAGUCAAAAGUCACUCGAACCUUGCAAGCCCGGAAGUGUCCAAAAGUAUACUAGAUCUCAGUAUACCUGCCUUCAGUAGUCAAAGCGAGCUUGUACGUCAUGCAGCAGCCGAAGUAAUGGGUUAUACGGCAGUAGCCUCGAGUAGCCAUCAAAUGGUCAAUGACGCUUGGACAAAGGUAAUGGAGGUGCUGAAAAAUGGCAAGGAUCCUGUAUCGAAAAGUGGCCAUGCUUUGGCUCUGGGAUAUCUACAUCGUUACACGGCAGGAUAUAUGUCCGAUUCACAGCAUUUUACUGUUAGCCUUAAGGUGCUUCUACAAAUGAGUCAGGAUAGUUCGUCGGUCAUGUUGCAGAACUGGGCACUCUUCGGCCUGAAUCUGCUGGCAUAUUCAGGAAGCUCAUUCCGUCUACACGUCGACGUAGCACUUUCAGUAGUGCUGCAAAUGAUGCUGAGUACACCUAGCGCCAACAUCGAGGUGCACCAAAACCUUGGGCGAUGCCUUCAGACUUUUAUUGGCACUUUGGGACCCGAGUUACAAGUUUUGGAAAGUUCAACACGCAACCUACGGAUUGGAUGCCGAGUUCUUCAAAAUCACUCCGACCCCGUAGUCAAAUCAGAAGCUCUGGGAGCGUUGCAGCAACUUCAGCUUUUUGCUCCCAAGGAUAUCAGUAUUGCUCCAAUUCUAUCCUUCUUAUGCAGUUCGUUGGAGAGCGAACAUGUUACCCUUCGACACUCUGCCAUAGCAUGUUUAAGGCAGUUCCUCCAACGAGACCCUAUGGACAUCUUCUACCGGAUCGCGGAUAAUCCUCCGCUACAAGAUACUACAUUACCCUUUGUUGAAGAUGACGUUCGAGGUCUUCCAUGGGAACGCGGAUUGAUUCUCGUGGCAUUUAGUCUUAUGGACAUUGAGACGGAACAACGGGCCGUGGCUCAGUUACGAGAUAUACUCGUUUCACUCUUGUCACUCUCUUGUCUCGCAGACUGGUUAUCCAUUUGUAAGCAGGUGCUCGCUGACACCGCUAUCGACGGCGAUGGUGAUGACGGUGGUGACAGCAAGCUGGCCAACGCAGGCCUGAGUGGCACUGAGGAAGGCGACACCGAAGAUGCGGAACAACAAUUCCAGCAGAAUCAGGAGCCCGAUCCGCAUCCAUGGGUAGGACCGCGAUGGAGGACCAAAGCAUUUGCUCUCGAAUGUGUCAUACGACUAGUGCAGUUAUGCGACGGUGACCGAACUCACUUCAACAUGACAUUAGCUCGACAAGCUCAAGCGUCCUUUCAAUCGUCGGGCCAGAAACAGUCCUAUCUUAUCCUACACGUAUCAGAACUUAUACGAAUGGCUUUCAUGGCGUGCACGUCGGAUGCGAUACAACUUACAGUGUCAGGCCUGAAGUUACUACAAAUGGUUAUUGAUCGCUUCGCUGAUGUGCCUGAGCCGGAAUUUGAAGGUCACAUGAUACUGGAGCAGUUCCAAGCGCAGGUUGACGCGGCCUUACGACCCGCCUUCUCAGCCGGAGAUACACCUUCUGAAGUGAUCGCUCUUGCGUGUCACGUAUGCUCGACUUGGAUGUGCUCGGCAGUCUCUAAUAAUUUAGCCGCUGUUCAGCGUGUUCACACCCUUUUAGUUAAUUCUCUCUAUAAAGUUAUGGCACGUCCAUCGGCCAAGGGCGAGCUUAGCUCACUUGAAAUCCUCUCAGUGUUGAAGGCUUGGGCCGAAAUGUACAUUUGCGGUAAAACAGUCAACCCUAGCUUGCUCUCUUUAAUCGAGCCUGAUAUCCACCACUUGUCACAAUACUGGCUAGCGUUCAUGAAGGAUUAUGCCAUGUUAAGCCUGCCCAGUUCGCUAGCCGGACAGCUUCCGCAUGACGGAGGAGCGUUUUUCACACACGAGGUUGCGGAACAUUGCAAACAUUACUAUCGCGAGUCGUGGCCACCAGUCUUGCACGCUGUUUGCCUUUGGCUGUGUAAGGAAAAUGGCUUUGAGGUCAUACGCAGGCGCAAUUCUGAAGACGCCGAGGUUCCUCAAAGCUUCUUGCUGCCGAAAUCAAAUGAGGAACCUACAAAGCGAUGGUUCUGUCUUUUGUAUGCGGUGUGUUCUGAGGCACUCUACAAUCGGAGUGAAUAUGCGCUUUUUGCACUGCAGAGUCUCAAUCUGUUGAUUAGGCACGAGUUAUGCGAUUCGUACAUAGAGCAAGGCAGUCUCGUCGAGCUCAUCAGCAUCUUGCACCGUACAUUAAUCACCGAGACACAAACGGCCUGUCGAAGCCUCGUAUUAGACAUUGCGCACGAAAUCGCCCGAAAAUUGAUGGCCAUGCCCUCGGCAGAAAACUCUGGGCCAGCUUACAGUUUGCUGAACCUUUCCUUAUGUACCGCUGUUAUUCAUUGCCCAUCCUUAAGUGAGAAACUGUCCAAUAUUGUUCCUAAGCUAGAUCCUAGUGUAAACGACAUGUCUGAUCUUCAACGGGCUGUCAUGCUUUUGAACGCCGUCCAGCAGAUGCUUCAACCUGAUCUUGCCGUUGAGGUUUUGCCAUCGAUACUGCACAUCAAUUUCACUCUUCUUCUUGAAGGCUGUAUUGGGGGUUGCAUCUUGCAGAGUCUACGAACCAUGUGUUCGAUCACAACCUUCGAUGAACAGCCAGACCUUAAGAAAAAAUACAUCAAGAACCUUACUGCCGCCCUACAUUAUAUGCUAGUCGGCUGCAGCGAUGAUGAAAUCCUUAAGCAGACACCUCGAGCGUCCUCGAUUCUUCUGGCGGUCGCAAUUUUCAUCUGUGCAGCUCCUACGCUGGUCACCAGCGUCGCCAGCGUCCAGGAAAAGGUGCUUGAUUUGUACGAGCGCGCGCUUGAUUGUGACGAUAUAACUAUUGUUCGAACGGCUGUAAGUUGCAUUCGCAAUAUAUUUGGCCACACGAAACGUAACGUGUUCAUUAGGCAGUGGUCGGAAAAAGUCUAUGGCAUACUUUUGGAGACGCAGGAUGCAUCAUUAAGUCUUGAAUGCGUCACGUGUCUUCAGACACUUUUAGAAGUAACUUCCGCAGAGCAUAAGCUAUCGAUUCUCAAGAUUCUCGUCACGAUACUUCUUAGCUUAGCAGUCAAGAAAACCUUGUCCACUCAGACUGUUAUCGAUAUUCUUACCUCAAAUUUAUCGGCUUAUGGCGGCGAUCUAAAAAAGAUACUUGGAGAAAGCCCUGCAUUGAAGCAACAGCUAGAAGGGCUCAUUAAGUCACGCCAGGUCGCAGCUCAGGCUAGAGCCCAGGUUCCUACACCGAUAAUCACGCCAAAACAGCCUACUAUUCAACUUAAAAGCGACUUUAGUAAUUUUAUUAAAUAGAAGUAUGGUAUAUAUAUAUAUAUAUAUAUCGGAAGGCCGACCGACUUUUAUAUAAUAUAGACUAUAAUAGUUAGGGCUACAAAGCGCCAUAAAACAUUUAUUGGGAGGCUGUUUACUAUUUCAAUAGAUGUAUGAUGGUGAAGGCGUGGUAUGUCGAAUGGAGAUAGCCUAUAUUUGGUAGAGCUGAGAUUAUUACUAUUAUUAUAGUUUGCUGAACCGCGCACUACAAAAAUGAAGCUAUGGUGCGCUAUACAUAUAUUUGAAUACCAAGGUAAUAGAAGAAAAAUAAAGCUUUAGACAAACAUGGGCUCAAGUCCAUACCUUCACUCUAUUGUUAUUGUACGCCAGCCCGUUGUUUGCGUUGCUCUGGGAAUCAAUAUACGCUUAGAAUAACUAGCAAAUCGGUCCAAACACACGUGUGCUAAAGUGUUUAGAGAAAACGUGGACAAUCGAUAAAGACGCAAACCUAAUUGAAAGACCUAGACAAAGGCAAAAGACUAUAUUAAAUAACCGUCAACGGUGUCACAUUAAAAUAAGAUUAAAUCUGAAGGAGAUGAGAUCCCACACGAUUUUCAAUAGAUCUGUAUUUAAUACAAAGCUUAAGACAGUUGACGAAAAUAUAAAUAGAAAGUAUAAAUAGAUAUUCGACGAAAAGUUCAGUUCCGAAGCAAAACCUCGGAUUCAAACUGGAAGUAAUGUUGUAACCAUGAAUUUAAAAGGGAGCGAGCUAUCCAGACGGUGACCUGUGAAGGUGUAUAGAGGUCGAAAACGUGGACAACCUAAGACGAUCUGGUAAGGCGAUCAAAUGAAAAAGGUACAAAUAUGUGCAAUAUAAAAUUAUAAAUUCGCUGAAA